AUGUCGACGGCACAAUCAACUCAAAUUAAUCGCCAUCAUCUCCUAGCUCUCUUUAGAGCUUUACAAAGAUCAGCCACUCGCUUCUCCAGCUACAACUUCCGCCACUACUUCCUUCGUAGAAAUCGUGUGGCUUUUAGGGAGUUCUUGGGUAUUCAUCCCGUUGGUACUCCUACACACGGCCAGGCUGCUGAUCAAGCCUCUGUAAAUUCAUUCUACUCCCACCAGCGUGAUCAGCUUGGUGUCAUUAGUAGAGCUGCAACCGUAAAUCGCAUGUUUGAGGGCGAGAGACUGGUCGUUGAGAGACCACGGAUCAUUACUGGUGGCGGUGGCGCUGGUAUGGAAGCUAGUGCUGGCGGCGCUGGUCAGCCAGUCAAUCCAAAAGACUCAGACAACUAG